CACACGGGUCGACCACUGUGUGUGGUUGGUACUGCCUUGUACGCGGUACAAAAUUAGCGAACGAACCACUGCGACUGUGCAAGCAAGCAAAAAGGCAACAAACAGCAUAAAGUUUUCCCGGUUGUUUUCCGUGUGUAUUUUGGCGGUUCAUUGGUGCCAACUAUCAGGAAAAUAUAUCUUCGCCGAGUACUGGCAGCGUGUGGUGUGUUAUCCAUUUAUUAGUUCGCCGAUAGUUACUGGCUGGCUUGACUUUUUCGGACGCUUGUAGGAAAAAAAUAUCCAUUGUGUUGCAUUUGGUACUGCUAGAGAACAGCGCUGCAUUAUACGAGCUUGGUGUGAAUUAAUUUUUUAGCUCAAUCUUGCUACUACUACAGCGAAUCCAUCCUUUUCGUCAAGAUUCCGGCUCUAAAGGGAAAGGAAAUGGAUCCGGCCGAUAUAGGGAAGCAUCCGGACCUGAUAAAAAAAGCCCAGGCAGAUAUUUCGCACUGCGAUGUGCUGGUUUGCGGGCGAUGCCAUUCCGUGUUCCACCUGGUCGAACUGUUCCGCGAGCACAAAGAGAAUGAGCCGGACUGUAAACGGGCGUCCAACUCGACGCUGCACAACUGUGACGAAGCGCAGGCGAAGGUAUGGGCUUUCCUGCUGUGGAAAUCAGCUCAGCGUCCUGCGACCGGCGAGGAGAAGAACGCCGGCGGAAGCAAUUCGUGGAAGCUCUACCAGACCUGGGUCAAGCUGGAAGAGUCCGUGCGUGAUACAUGGAUCGUUGCGGGCAAAACAAUCCAAUCGUUUUCGAAGACCGGAGCCGGAAGCCUUCAGGAAAUGCCAGUGAAAAUUACCAAAACGAUUCUUGAGCCACAAACUGAGGAUAAAACAAAUGUUCCGAACCGCUUUGCGCCAACGGUGCGCAAGCUGGCAGAUGGGAAACCGAACACACCCGGGAAUACGGUUGAUACGAAAAAUCGUAUCGUUGUCGGUGCCCAGAUGGGUGUGGUGAAGAAAGUGGACGGCACGGUCGUUAAAACAGGUACCGUUAGUACGCCGGCCACCGCAAGACGCUCGUUUGCAACGCGCACCCACCCCAAGACGGGGGCAUGCUCCGAGGAAGAGGUGGAAAAAAUCUUAGCCAAACGCUUCAGCCCAAUCAUCAAGAUGCACGAGUACCUGGUAAAAUGGACCAAAUGGUCGAACGAUCAAAACACCUGGGAACCGCUGACUCAUCUGCACUCCUGCCAGAGCAUUCUGGAGCAUUUCGAGGUGCAGCUGGCUAAGCAGAAGGAACAGCGCGCCGCUACGGCCGCCCGCGUUCUACAGCAGCAGCGCCAAGAAAAGGGAGGAAUCGGUACGACUACCACUACCGGAAGCACAAGCACUGGGACGACGAGCACCACCACCACCGCUGCCGGGGCCGGCACCGGCUCCAUGUCUUCGGCAGCCGCUGCAGCAAAUCAACUCCGCCCCGUGCGCAACUCAAAGGCAAGUGCCCUCGAUCGUGUAAAGCAAUGGACCGCUGGCAAUCAGUCGCCGGGUGAUUCGGCGGAAGAUGCAACACAGCUAGGAAAGCGCAAGCUGGAUGAGGGUGACGCCGAUGGUGCCGGCACGGGCAACGAUGCCGAUGGGGUCGAUGCAGCGAAAAAACUCCGCACCGAAUCCGUUAGCGAUGCCCUUACGAAGGUGUCGCAGAGCGGAAACGUGAAGAUAAUGUCCGUUUCGGCCGCCACCGGAUCGUCGGGCGUCAGCAAAACGGCGGUGAACGGGACGAUGGCGUCGGCAAAGGAUGGUAGCGCGGCGGAGGUCGUUAUUAUCAAAUCGCCCAAAGACGGUAUCGCCAGUGGCAUUAGCAAAAAGCCGCCCGGUUUGGUGGUGGGCAGCAGCAUCACCUCACGGCUAUCGCCCCGCAGCGAAGCGGCCAAGGUAAAGAUCGUCUCCAAGUCGGAAAUGGGUGGUGUGCACGGAAUAUUCAAAAUCAAAACCGACCCGACCGGUUCUUCCCCACAGAGCUCUCCGAAGACGGUGACGACAGGUGCGGCCGGUGGUACAACGACUUCAGCUUCCUCGCGCCCUGUUACCAUCUCCUCGACGGACAUGUCGGGUGUGACGACACGCAUCAUACGUCGAAACAUCGACGGUACGGAGCAGCUGAUAAAGCAAACGAUUCGCAAGGCACCGAAGUUGGUAGCAUUUCCUCCAGGCUCACAGCAGCGCCCGGUCGGUACGGUGAUCGGUGUCACCAAACCGGGCGGUGGUGCGGGUUCGGCAACAACACCUGUACCGAAAAUUACCACUUCUUCCGCCAUUGGUCAGCAACGAACGGCGUCCGUACCGCGCGUCAUUUCCACAACCCAGCAAAAGCCAUCGGUCAACCGGGUAGUAAGCUCCGUCUCCGGCACACCCGGCACGGUCAUGCGGACGUCAACGGUGACACGUACAUCGUUGGGUCCCGCAUCGUCGGAGCAGAAAAUUAAUGCACUGCGCCGACAGGGGGUUAACGUGGUGAAGCGCGUCAUCACAACCAGCACGCCGGUGUCCGGUGCCAAAAAAACGGGCAACGAAGAGGAAGAGAGUGAGGCCGAUGGUUUCGCGUCGAACAUUGCGCUGCCUGCUCCCCCAAGCCCACCCCGAGCGAUGACGCUCUGUCCGGUGACGGGUAAGGUGUUGGCCCAGGCAGAAGGUGAACCUACGCCCGUCCCCAGCCCGGAGGCGGAACCCGAGGAGAAGAAAUCGGACACCAAACAGGAAGGUGAGCAGAACAGCGCGGAAGGCGAACAGAUGGUUGUGGCCAGCGGAGAGCAGACGGACACGCAAGUGCAGCAGCUGCUGACGAACGAGGACGGUUCGGCCAUUAUUGUGGCAGGCGAGGAUGGCACCCUGUAUCAGGUGGCGGGUAAGAAUGCAGAAGGACAAACCAUACUGAUAACGCACAAUUCCGAUGGAGAGCAAAGCUGUGUGCUGGUCGCAUCGCAGGAGGGCGAGGAAGAUUCAACGGGCGCCGGGACGGCCGGUGUCCUGACGCUGGAUGCGGCCGUUUCGGAAGCCGUUGCCGUACCGCAAGAGGGACAAGAGAUGACAGAGGAGCAGGCAGCACAGUAUCAACAGUCCGUCGAUACAAACCAGGAGUUGACGAUCUCUACCGAAGAUUCACAGGACACGCAGAUAACGGCCGAAGUAGUACAAGCCGAUCAACCGUCGCCCGGCGGUACCAGACGAGUGGUCCUACUACUCCCCGAUGGAAGCUUCAUGAUGACGGAAGUUAACGACGAACAGUACCAGUCGUUGAAUCUGGUCAACUAAACAGCUUUUCGGGAUCUUGCUGCAAAUAGUGGAUUUCUUCGGGAAAGGAAGGAGAAUAUUGUGUAGGUUUAAGGUUUUAAAAUUAAUUAAGGUAACAUAUGCGUACGUUGUAAUAUUAUAUCUAAGUUUUGUAUUAAGUGAGCUUUUGCUUUUACGUUAUUUUACUCGCAAUGUAUUGCCGAGAAAUUUUUUUUUAAAGGACUUAACCUCAGCUUCUGCUCAGUGAAAGUUAUGAUUAUACCUAAAUAAGCAUUAUACAUACGAGCAAAUGAUUCCUGUAAUUUGCUAAGUAAAUUAGCUACACAAACCUAUCAAAACAGACAGAUAGUUACAGCACAAUCGUACAUUAGCAAUACAGAGUAAAUCUAUAAACAGUAAAAAAAAAGUUUACCUAUAACAGCAAACUCUGAAUGUUUGCUUGCUAAUUGUAUCACAAAUUUCCACAGCAAUAGGCUAGUAACGCUAUCGAAAUAAUUACAUAUUAAAUGUUAUAACGAUGCAGGUUGAGCUUGUACAAAAAUGCUACUUAUAGUAAGCGGACAGCAGCUUGACCAAUAUUUCAGAAUAAUAUAUUAGUAGCAAAACUACGUUUGCGAUCAGCUACUAGUUGUGUGAAAUUAAGCACACCGUCUCAUCCGAAACCUUAUUCUCUAAUACUGAUGACUUCACGGGAAGUCUCCAUCCAUUGUAUUCCCCUGUAAUGCAGAUGAUUAAUUUGGCUCUAAAGCACUGAAUAUUUUUCCUUUAGUAAGUAUUUAGUAAGAUGAAAAGAUAUUUUACAUUGCUGAAUUCUACGUGCGCCUCCGAACAGUAUUCAACGGUCAUUUUAAAUAUCUUCAGCAAAAUUUCCGCAAUAUCGUAUUGCACUGGAAAGACGAUGUUAACAAAUUUAUUUUGUUAAAUAUACACAACCGGGUCACUAAAAGGCAGUACACCCGAUCGUUAGGUGUUAAGUAAAACUAGGUAUAUCGCAACAUGCUGCCCAAAUGUCCGAUCGAAUGAUCUGCAGUGCGAUUGGCAUAUGUCAUCAAAUGAAUCGUCAGUAGUUGCGGUGCGAAGGGCAGCAAAUCACAACAUCCAAAUCAUUCGGUUUUGCAUUUGCGUUCCGUAUCAUCCAAAGUUGGCGAUAAUCCAUCCUAGUUAAUCGAAGAUAUUAUACUAGGCUGGACGCAACUUCGAUACAACAAAAAAAGCCCAUUAAAAUAAUUUCCAACAGUUUGGAAAAAAAAGGAAGUGUGUGCAACGACGCGUGUGUCUACUGUGCGUUAAUGUUUCUUUAGCAAAGAACUGAAAUAUCGCCUACAAUAAAUUCCACUACAGUACAGCAGGCCCCAUUGGCAGUGUGCAGAAAACCAAGCGA